AUGAGCGACUCAAUCAACAUCGACCUCAAAGGCUUGACCCCUGCCCCCGUCACACCCUUCAAUGAAGAUGGCUCAGUCGACUACGAGGCCAUCCGGCGUCUCGGCUCCUGGCUGGGAAGUAUCUCCGGGGUCAAGGGUCUUGUGGUCUUAGGCCAUGCUGGUGAAGGAACCUUCCUGACCCAGGACGAACAAGAGGAUGUCAUUAGAGCCUUUGUUCGUUCCGUGGACGACAAGAUCCCCAUCAUCGCCGGUAUCACUGGUGAAGGUACAGAGGUCGCAGCACUUGAAGCUAAGCGUGCCAAAGCUGCCGGUGCUAAGGCUGGUCUUCUCUAUCCUUCCCACGGUUGGUUGCGCUUCGGUUAUCAAGAUGGUGCACCUCAAGAUCGCUACAAGGUCGUCUUCGAGACUAGUGGCCUCCCUCUUAUCCUCUUCCAAUACCCCGACAAUACCAAGGCAACCUACAGCCUGCAGACAAUGCUCGAUAUCUCUGCACAGCCUGGCGUUUUUGCGAUGAAGAACGGUGUCCGCAAUAUGCGCAGGUGGGACGUUGAGAUCCCUAUCAUCCACAAGCAGCGCCCCGACCUCCAAAUCCUGACUUGCCACGACGAGUACCUUCUUCACACCGCUUUCGACAUAGAUGGCUUCCUCGUCGGAUACGGAAACAUCGCUCCCGAACUCUUGAUUCAGAUGAUUGAGGCAGGCAAGGCCAAGGACUACGCCAGAGCUAGACAACUACACGACCAGUUAUUGCCUCUCACAAAGGCUGUAUAUCACCGUGGUAGUCACAUGGAGGGUACAGUCGCAUUGAAGCACGCUCUGGUCGCCAGGGGUAUCCUGAACCACGCCACAGUCCGUUCACCACUCAUGCCUCUUGCCGAAGGCGCAGAUAAGGAGAUCCAUGCUGCUGUUCAGUUUGCAGAUCUGCCUAAGAUCAACGUCGACAAGCUCCCAUCAAAUGGCAAUGGAGUAAACGGAAGCAAUGGUACUAAUGGAUACCACUGA